AAGAGAGGGGGCAGAGGAAGAAGAGAGGCUAACGUCCUGCACAGUAGUUAGCUGCUCGCUGGAGUUGGAGUUUUUCCCUUCACGGCUAUGAUUGACAGAGUCAGCGGAGGUUUAUACGGGCAUGUCCGCACACUCGCUCCGUGGUUAUCUUAACGGCAAGAGCUGCGGCAUGGCGAGCCACGAAAGAGCACAGAGUCUUCGCCACUCGCACACAAGAGCAACAACAUCAUGUGUCGGAUUAUUGAGGAUGUUAUUUAUUGCUUUUAUUCACACGACGAGGGCGAAUAAACAAGCAUUCAUUCAGUCAGACACAAUACUAGAAGUUCUACAUUUUGGUGAGGGAGGCCUUUUACAGGCAGACUCUGACAUUGAUUUUAGUUUAUAUCAUCAACAAAGCACUUCCCCGCACCGUGGGAACUGCCGACCUAUACGCUUUGAGCCUCCAAUGUUGGACUUUCACGAACAGCCUGUUGGAAUGCCAAAAAUGGAGAAAGUUUAUUUACAUAAUCCUAGCUCAGAAGAAAUUAGUUUGAUAUCAAUAUCAGCAACAACAGCACACUUUCAUGCAUCAUUUUUCCAGAAUAGGAUAAUUCCACCUGGAGGAAACACGUCAUUUGAUGUCGUGUUUCUCGCUCGAGUAGUUGGGAAUGUAGAAAACACUUUAUUUAUUAAUACGUCACAUCAUGGAGUGUUUACAUACCAGGUUUUUGGGGUUGGCAUCCCAAACCCCUACAGACUCCGUCCCUUCAUAGGGGCUCGAGUCCCAGUAAACAGCAGCUUCUCGCCGCUAAUAAACAUCCACAACCCAUACAGUGAACCACUGCAGGUUGUUGAGAUGUACUCCAGUGGCGGGGAUCUACAUCUCGAACUUCCCACAGGUCAACAAGGAGGCACUGGAAAAUUAUGGGAAAUUCCUCCAUUCGAAACAAAAGGGGUAAUGAGAGCCAGCUUCUCAUCCAGAGAUGUGGAUAACCACACGGCUUUCAUCAGAAUCAAAACCAACGCCCCCAACGAGGAUCAGUUCAUCAUCCUGCCUGUAGAAGUGGAGGUCACAUCAGCCCCUGGUAUAUACUCCUCCACAGAGAUGCUAGACUUUGGUACGCUGCGUUCACAAGAUCGCCCAAAACUGCUGAAUCUACACCUUUUAAAUUCAGGCGCAAAAGACGUUCCAAUUACGAGUGUACGCACGACACCAUCCAACGAAGCAGUCACAGUAGAUUUCAAAGCGGUCACACUGAAAGCUGGAGAAAGCAGAUACACCAAAGUUGCAAGUAUUAGUUUCGAUGCCUCAAAAGCAAGAAGACCAUAUCAAUUCUCUGGUAAAAUAACUGUAAAAGCGAAAGAAAAGAGCUACUCCAAGCUUGAAAUCCCAUACCAGGCGGAAGUUUUAGAAGGUUACCUGGGCUUCGACCACACGGCGACCUUGUUCCAUAUCAGGGACAGCCCUGUCGACCCAGUGGACAGACCCAUAUUUCUGACAAAUGCCUUCCACUUUGCGAUCCGACUACACAAUGUGUCCCUGCCCGAAGAGGCCAAAACCAUGUUUAAUGUGCAGAACUUCAGCGCACCCAUCCUCAUUCCCCCACACGAGUCACGUUACAUCUUCUCCCUUCUCUUCCGGCCAGUCCGACCCUCCAUUCACAUAGACAGCAAUAUCCUUCUCAUCACAAACGCAUCAAAGUUUCACCUGCCUGUCCGGGCCUACACAGGCUUCUUGGAGCCGCUGGUCCUGCCUCCCAGUCUGAAGGAGAACAUCCUGGACUUCGGUGUUCGCAGUGCAACAGACACCAGCAGCAUCACAUUUGUGGUGGUGAACAGUAACCCUAUAGAGCUGGAGAUCAAGUCCUGGCUGGUCACAGGAGACAGUCUUACCAUGGAGCUUCUGAAGACAGAGAAGGGAAACACAACAGUAGCCCUGAGUCGCCUGAGAGAGCUGCAGAACACUUCAGCCUCGCAUCACAAAACAGUGAUAUUAGCAUCUGGCUAUUACGCAGCAUUCAGAGUGACACUAGUGGCCAAAGCCCUGGAGGGCACAUAUGAUGGAGCCAUACACAUAACCACAGACUAUGAAAUAUUAACCAUCCCGGUGAAAGCUCUCAUUGCAGUGGGCACAUUAAACAGCUCUCCCAAGCACAUCAUUUUACCACCUUCAUUUCCAGGGAAAGUUGUCCAUCAAAGCUUCAGCAUACAGAGUUCUUUCACACAGAAAGUGAGGCUACAGCAGAUCCGCUCCCUGACAGAAGAUAUACGUUUCUAUUACAAACAGCUCCGCAACAACAAAGAUGAGCUCGAGCCCAGACGUAAAUCGAAGGUGGCAAAUAUUUAUUUUGAUGCCAGCUUGCAGUGUGGUGAUCACUGUUAUGUGGGGCUGCCAUUUGUGCUUAAAUCUGAGUCAAAGCCUCAUGGGCUAGCAUUACAGGAGGAUAUUUGGGAUGCAGAUGUGGAUCUCCACCAGAAACUUCUCAGACGAUGGAAAGAGCUGAAAGAGCAGUCAAGCCACAAGAUCGAAGCCGUCUUUGAAGUCAACACAGAUCUUCAGAAAAACGUGCAAGCGAAAAUAACAGCACAGCUGACCUGGCCCUCUCUGGUCAACUCGUCACAGCGCAUUACAUUCCCUCUGACCAACACAAACAGCUCCUCUGACGAGGAGGUGAUUCUGCAGAAUCCUGCCGACGUCCCCGUCUUUGUCCAAGUUCUCCCUUUGGCGCUGUUGCCCAACCCCUCAGUGUUUUCUGGAAAGCUGGCUGACAGGUUGCCAUUAGGAAAUUUGUCCAACAUCAACAUUGACACGAACACCUUAGAGUUCCAAGUUCAUAGAAAUCACACAUCCGUAAUGAAGAGCAGUACAGGGUUUGUAGAGGGAUCAACCAGACCCUUUGUGUACAACCUCCUCCUGCUGCCCGGAGAAGUCAAGUCGUUCAGCGUGAGGUUCACUCCCAUCAGCAACCACAGUGUCUCCUCCCUCCUCAUAGUCAGAAAUAAUCUGACGGUGAUCGACACAAUCAUACUUCACGGAAGAGGGACAACAGAGAGCCUGAAGGUUGCAGGGAAGCCUCCGGGACAAGGCAGCUCUCUGAGGUUUAAAAUGACGGAGGCCCUGCUCAAAGACUGCACAGAGAAGACAAAAGUCAAGGAGCCAAACUUCACUCUCAAAAGAACGUUCAGAGUGGAGAACACAGGCUUGCUCCCGAUCACCAUCAGAUCAGCAGAAAUCAACGGGCAAGCUUGUGAAGGAUACGGAUUCAAAGUUCUCAACUGUCAAGAAUUUGCACUUAAACCAAAUGCUUCAAAAGACCUCAUCAUACUGUUUACACCCGACUUCACUUCAUCUCGAGUGAUCCGGGAGCUGAAAUUGGUGACGUGCGGGGGCUCUGAGUUUGUGUUUGUCCUGAACGCCUCCCUGCCCUACCACGUGUUAGCUGCAUGUGCAGAGACCCUGCCCAGACCGAGCUGGGAGCUGGAGCUCUACAUCAUUGUGUCUCUCAUUAUGAGUUCCAUGUUUCUGUUGGUGAUUGCCACAGCUUACCUGGAGGCUCAAAGCAUAUGGGAGCCUUUCAAGAAACGUGUGUCUGUGGAAUCCAACUCAACCAUGGAGACUGGGAGACCGUUUAAUCUCAGGGACAUUGUGCAACUUCACAGUGAUUCAAAGUUGAACGAUUACAGUGACUCAUCCCAGAACUCCAGAGUAUUAUAUGCGUCCAGCAACGGAGCAGCACGGGUCGGAGGCCGUCAGGGCAACAGCCGUACCUUAUCAGACUCAGACAGCCAAGACAAGAGGUCCAGAAUCGGCACCAGCCGCCCAUCUAUGCAAGCUACUUCCCAGCUGACCAAAGGAAGUACAACCUCAGGCCAAGAGGGCCCUCUAGCUGGCUGCCAGCUAACCAACCGGAAGGUUCGGAGCACCAAACUGGACCUCCAGAGUUUAGCCGGGUCGUCGCUGCCUCACAGAGGCCUCUGCUCUGAGGACACAGAAUAUGCCAACCUGCUCGGAGCCAUGGACAACGACCUCGACCGUCCAGAGCCACUUAAUGCAGAGCCUCUGCAGGAGCAGAGCUCGCAGUCGAUACAAAACAAAGUGUUGGAAUCCAAAGGGAAGCUGAGGGGUAAAACAAAAGCCCAAAGGAAGAAGGAAGAGAAAGAGAAAAAAUCAACAGUAAAGACUCAGGGAGACGAGCUUAAAGAUAACCUGGCUGACAACGAUGACAGCUCCUCAACUACUACAGAGACCUCCAAUCCAGAUGUGGAGACAAACAUCAAAGAGGAGCCAGUGAAAAAGAAAGGAAGGACAGUAACCACGGGAAAAGUGAAAGAAGAAACUUCAAAUUUUCUUAUUAAACCCAAACCCAAGAAACAAGGAACCAUAAAGAAGGAGAACCAAGCAGAAAAAUCCAGUUCUCUGGAGCUGCCAUAUGUCACCCCGCUAGAGAACAAACAACGCAAGAGCUUCCCAUCCAAAGCUCUGCACCCUCUCACCAACAUCCAAAAGACCAGACCCCUGCAGAAACAGAGAUUGGACGGGAAGCUGGAAGACGGGCGCCCCUCUCUGCUGGCCAAGCUGUUGUCCAGCAGCUCAGUGCCUGAGCUGGGCCACAGCAGCAGCUCUGAGGGCGAGAAGGAGUUCGCGUCUCCAGAGUGGGACGUUCCUCUUUCCAAAAACAGCGUCCAAGCAGAUAGCCUUCAGCAGAUCUCCCUCCAGACAAUAAACGCAGACCCUUUCCUGAAAAGAUCAGUAACAGCCGGGACCUGCUCCCCUCCACCCACCUCUCCCAGCCUACUGUCCAAAGGCACCUACAGCAGCGUCCUCAACAGUAACAGUGAGGGAAACCAGAAGAAGGCCCCAGGAAAUAAAGCGUCUACAGCUCCACUCCCAGGCAAAAAUGGCAACCCCACCUUUGCCGCAGUGGCUGCUGGUUAUGACAAAAGCCCAGGUGGUUCUGGCCCAGGUAAAAGUGACAGUCAGGGAAAGCCUCUGGCUCACAUGACCUCAGUGGAAAGUGACAGCUCUGACAGCUCUGGAUUAUGGAGUCCCAUUGACACAGCCAGCAGUCCAAACUACCACUCUGCCAACUCCUUCUCUGCUUUCGGACCCAACAAUUCCUUCAACCUGACAGGAGUUUUCACUGGAAUGAAGGCUUCUGAGCCUCAGCAGAGCUGGCCCGAGUUCACCAAUGUUCCCUCUUCCUCGAUAUGGGACAUACCGAGCAGCGACCCUCUGCACUCCUGGCCCAGCAGCUCCAGCUCACCGACUGCCCCAACCGCAUCACUCCUGGGAAACACCCGUAAUCCCUGGUCUGCAGCCACACCCUUCGGCAGCUCCAUUUGGUCAACAAGCGCAGAUUCAGCCUUACACCCUUUUGCUCCACCAACCAACUCAACAACUCUGACUGAUCUGGUCACCACCCCCACCCCGUCGCCACCAGCCUCCACCGAGAUGAGUCGGACCUACAACCCGUGGAGCAUGUGGCGCCCAACCCUGAGCAGGCGGAGCUCCGAGCCCUGGCCCAGCUCUCCCGAAAAUGGCAAUUAAUGAGCAGAUGACGGCACUUAACGGAAGCACGUCAUGGAUUUGAUGUACUCUGUACACUAAAAUCAUUUAUUUUUUAAAUCCCAACAGAAAGCAAUGUUACCUGAAGUGUAACGCGGUUGGUAACGCUCCAUGCUGGAGGUUACCAACCUCGCCAUUUAGUUCUCUGCAGCUUUUUAUUCAUGGGGGCAGAAAUGCUAACUUUUAUUUGGAAUUGUUUUAACAGGUGCCCCUAAAUUUAAAAAAAAAAUAAAAAUGUUAGCAUUAGCAUUGGUGCCAAUGCGGACAUUUUUGCUGUUAUAGAAAGGCUGGCAUUCCUUCUUGAAAGUUUAUUACAUGGCGCAGAAUCUAAAGUUCAGUAUUAAUGUUGGAACAGACGUGUUAUUUGAAGCCAUGUCUUGUUUUCGUAAUCAUUUUGGUUUAAUUGUUUUAUGAAAUUGGUUUGAAACAUCAAAUUUACAUACUGCAGCUGGUUUGAGAAUCAUUGCACAAGGCUUUUAUUUGACAGCAGGGAUCUCUCUUUAUAUGAAAUGGGAUUUUUUUUUCACAAUGUUCAAAGGUUUCAUUAAAGUUCAUGUUCCCCAUUUUUAAAAGUGGGCUCUGCCCUAAAAAUAUCAAAGCCUUCUGUGAGAAUCAAUUGGUCAAAUGAUCACACAAAACAUAAGUUUGAGGUUUGUGUUGUACAUUGCCUCUAUUUGUCAGCACAUUUAAAAUAAAGGAUUUCAGCAGAA